AUUCCACCAAAGCAUCCCGAGACCAUUGUGUUCAGGAACUAUACGCCAGUUGAGCUAUUGCCUUAUAACGGUAAAGACAACCCACGUAUUCUGAUAGGCGUCAAUGGAUCAGUCUAUGAUGUUUCUCAGGGCAGCAAUUUUUAUGGUCCAGGUGGGCCUUAUGCUAACUUUGCUGGCCAUGAUGCAUCUCGAGGACUAGCAAAAAACUCAUUUGAUGCUGACAUGAUGGUAGAUCCAGAUGGACCCAUAGAUAAAUUAGAAGAUUUGGCAGAAGAUGAUUGGGAAUCAUUAAGGGAAUGGGAAAGCUUGUUUGCAAGAAAAUAUUUACUGGUUGGAAAACUAGUAGAGAAUCACAAAUAA